GAGCCGCUCGUUUCCUCCUGGCCGCGCGAUUGAAGGACGAGCGAGACACGCGAGAUACGUUAGCACCUCCUGUCCGCAAGGCGCGAGGACGAAGGAGAGGGGUGAGGGGUCAGGGUCACCCCCCGGUGAGGGGUCGCCCCCCGGUCAAACACCAAACCCCCGGAAGGCGGAGGGGACAUGGCGAGACCAGCCGUCGCGGUCUCGAGGGUUCCGGUCGGGAUUUAGUUCUCCUCUUUCUGUUCUGCGAGAUAUUCUUCUCUCGAUAUAUUCGGGACUGCAGGGACGUGGUCUGAGGGUUUGAAACGUUGGCCGGGACCAAGGAUACCUCAACAUGUUUCUGAGGACCACCUCCUCCUCCUCCUCCUCUCCUCUUUCAGGCGAGCCCUCCCCCUCGACCCGGCGUCCGCGCCCCCCCGCCCGUCAUGGACCCUUGCCCGAGCUCCUCCCCCCUGUCGCCACGGCGCCACCACAACCCCGUGGACAGCAUCUGCCGCAAGCUGCAGAGCAUCCAGUGGUGCGGUGACCGCCAGCCCCACUCGCCCUUCCAGAUCCCCAAGCUGUCCUCCGGCGGCCACCAGCGCACGCCGCACGCCGCCCUGCGCUCAGACCUGGACCCCAUCCUGAAGAAGCGCCCCGCCCCCGAGCCCCCGGAGCGGGGGCCCCCCGGGGCCCGGGGCCGGGGUCGAGCCGGGCCCACGGGGAUCCCGGGCCUCCCCGCCUCGCGGAGCGGCGGCACUUGGUCUCUGUCGUCCCGCCACGCGUACGGGUACGCCCCGGCCACGCCCAUUCCACCGCAGUCGACGCCCACCAACCUCACCUGCAGCGUGUCCAGCACCCCGGGGGAGAGGAGGGACUGGGUGGGGGCGACGGGGGCCCCCGGGGGCCGGCAGGGCGCGACGUGGCAGCGGUACUGCUCCACGCCCACCACGCUCACCAAGGACUCUGUGGCGGCGGGCCUCGCCUUCUCCUCGGUGCAGCAGCCCCAGACGGAGGAGCGGGGGCGCUGGGGCAGCCCCUCUCUGAGCCGGGCCGCGGCCCCCCCGGCCCACCUGCUGGCCUACGACCCGGACCUCGGCCGCACCGCGGACAGCGCCGGGGGGGACGGAGAGCUGGCCUUCCCCGCUCUGGUGGUGCGGAGGCUUUCCUUGGGGGAAUCAGCCUUUCUGGCACGCUCUGAGACCAGGAAGGAGACCAUGGCUGAAGUGAGUCUGAUCUGCGAGGAAGAUCUGCUGGACACCAUCUUUCACGCGUGUGACACACAGCACAGAGGCAGGGUGUACGUGUCGUGCAUCGUGGACUACCUGCGUCACACCACCAGCCGGACGUCGGAGGACAGCGGUCUGGAGGAGCUUUGCAACAUGCUGGACCCCGAGCGCACCGAUGUGUCCAUCGACCUGGACACCUACCACGCCAUCAUGAAGGAGUGGAUCAACGACUGCCGCAGCAACGGUGAGGACCCGACAGAGGACUUGAACCAGGACCUUAUGAAGUGUAAAGACGUCCUGUCUGCGAAGCGGUCCAUGCUGCUGAACAUGACCUCCGGCAGCCUGGAGGCUUUCGGUGGAGAGGCGUCGCUAGUGGAGCUGGAGACCUCUGAGCUGGUGUACUGCGUGGCAGACCUCCAGAUGAGUAACCAGCGGCUGCAGGAGGAGAUGAAGACGCUGAAGCAGACGGCGGAGCUGCUGGAGGAGGGCAACCAGCGGCUGGUGGAGGAGAACGGGGAGCUCAGGGCCCACGCCCGCCAUAGCCAGCAGAUGGCCCAGAGGGAGAAGAUGCUGAAGGAGGAACUGGAGGAGAUGAAGGCGGCGCUGAGUUCCACCGAGGAGGGGCGAGCAAGGGCCCAAGCCCACGGCAAGAACCUGGAACGGGAGAACCACGGUCUCACCACCAGGAUCACCUCACUAGAGGAAGAGAACUUCAAGGUAACCAUGGAGAUGGAGGACCUUCAGGGGAGAUUGAGGAAGCUGUGUGACAUUAACGCUGACCUUCAGGUCCAGAUCCACUCCUCGGAUGGCGUCCUGGCCGAGAAGGAGCAGCGCGUCCAGGAGAAGAGCCGACGGAUGGAGGAGCUGAAGAAAGAGGUGGAGGAAUACUCCUCCCUUACCGAGCUGCUGAGAGCCGAUAAGACCCAGCUGGAAACCCAAAUGCGAAUGUGUCAUCCAGACAUGACCGGGCGGUCUGUGUCUCUGUCCGUGGCCUACAGGUUGAACCAGAGCACCUCUGGGUCGCUGCAGACGGAGCUGGCCCUGGCCCAGUCGCCACAAGAGGGCGAGGCCGGGGCCACCAUGCUGGACGAAACCCUGGACAAGGAGGUGCUGCUGCUCCUCCAGGGCCCCAACCCGGAACACAUGGCCCUCGAGUUCAGGGCCCUCCUGAGCAAACUGAAAGCGGAGUUCCGAGCCGAGGCGGGCUCGGUCCUGUCUGCAGUCAGGGGAGUCGUGGACCCCCAGCCGACACCAGGGGGCAGCACUGAGCCAGGGCUUCAGGCGGUGCAGGGAGAGCUGGAGGCUCGCAGGGCCGACUGGGUCCUGGGUCUGGACCAGCUGGCCCAGUACGCGGACUCACUGGAGAAGGAGCUGAUCAAGAUGGCCAGCAACAUGCGGAGGUCCCGCACGGAGAUCCUGCACCUGUCGGUCAGGGUCCAGGAGCAAGAGAACCAGAAGAGACAGCUGGGGGAGGAGCUGGAGACCCUCAGGACCCCCCAGGACAGCAGAGAGGCCCCCUGCCAGGUUGAGACCCCCCAGGACAGCAGAGAGCCCCCCUGCCAGGCCAGGACGGAGCUGGAAUGGGACGCAGAGUUUGACCCCCGGGACCUCCUGAAGAAGGAGCUGGAUGAGAAGCAGGAAGUGGUUGCCGUGGAAACCCUCACCGCCGCGACCAGCCAGCCCAUAGAGGAGGUGGAAGAGGAAGUGGAGGAGGAGGAGGAAGAAGCUGGGGAAGAGAGGUGGACGGUGGUCGAGGACCUGGGAGGAGGUGACGAGCCCAGAGACGCCUCCACCCCUCUGCCGGCCCCCUCAGAGGAGCCUUCACCCGGGCUGGAGACCCUAGUGUCCUCGGUCGUCGUGGAUCCAGAGUCGUCCUUCACUUCUCAACCUCUCCAGGAGGCGGGGCUGUGUGACACCCACACAGAGGGCGCCGGUGAGCAAGCAGGACAGGAAUCUAGUAGCUCUCAUUCUGAAGCCCUCCACUCUCACAACAACAGCCCAGAAUGUACCAUUCCUCUCGCUGGCUCAAACCAUGAUCAUCAGCGCGACCUGCCUGAAAUGGAUCAGACCGUAGCACCUGGGAACACCCCUCCUGGGAUAGGAGAGAUGGUACCUCCCAUAUACACUCAAUCUUCAUCACCGGGGCAAGAAACCAUUGUUGAAAAUGGCGGCCCCCAGCCCAGUGGGGAUCCCUGCAGAGGAGGAGGAGAAGGGGACGAAGCAUCAAGCGACAUGAGUCUUGCCAAGAGCCCUACGCGGGUAGGAGAGCGAGGCGAACUUGAGGACAGCUCCAGCCCCCUUCCUGUGGUGAUGGAGGAAGAGGAGGGUGCGUCGCAAACCGUUUCGGUCCCGAUGGCAGGGUCGGACUCUUCUCCCAAUGCUGUCCCCGGUAGGGAGGACCGCCUCUCUGAGUCCAGCCAUUCAACGGCCCAGCUUCAGCGCUCGGGCAAGACCACUGAGGACCUGAGUGAGGCCAGUGAGAAGGACGGUACGCGGGCUGUUGCAUUGGAGACGUCUGUGAUCUCCGACGGAAGUGAGGUGGUUAAGGAGGAGCGACAGAGCCAUUCUCAGACGGACAAGGAAAUCGAGGUGGAGUUCCAGCGGCUGUCGCUGGGCUUCAAGUGCGACCUGUUCACGUUGGAGAAACGCCUGAGGCUAGAGGAGAGAUCCCGGGACCUGGCGGAGGAGAACGUCCGCAAGGAGAUCUCCAGCUGCCAGGGUCUACUGCAGGCUCUGAUCCCGCUGUGCGACGACGACAGCCAGUCCAUUGAGAUCGUCCACCGGCUGCAGAAGAACCUGGAGAUCCUGAUCCAGUCUAUGACCCGCGUCUCCAGCCGCUCAGAGAUGCUGGGGGCCAUCCACCAGGAGCACCGCGUGGGCCGGGCGGUGGAGGUGAUGUUCCAGCACGUGGAGAACCUGAAGAGGAUGUACACCAAGGAGCACACGGAGCUGGUGGAGCUGCGGCAGACGCUCAUGCAGAACGAGCGCUCCUUCGGCUCGCAGACCGACAAAGCGGACUUCCGAGGAAAAUCACCGUCUUCGCAGUACUACAAGCCUUCUGCUCGGCGGGUCAGCAUCGCAGCUAUCCCCCGCUCCGGAGGGUCACCCGGCUUCGACUCGACCAAAACCCAGGACCUGUCAGAGAGUGAGGCGGAGCGGCUCACCAGGAGGUCUCCCUGGAACGUGCCGGGAAAGAGCGGCUUGCGGCCCCCGCUCAAACGGUUCAUUAGCUCCGGGGCCUGGGGGGACCCGGACGAACCGGGCCUGGCCCCGCUGAACGGGGCCAGCUGCUCAGAUUUUCAAUGGAAGGAGCCGCCUGACCCCCCAGAGGCCGAGAAGAGGAGGUCCAGCCUCACUGAACUGGGCCACAAGCUGACCUCCUUCAUUAUGCCCACCAAGACGAAACAGGAAGAGCUUUUUGUGAUUCUUCCCAGCUCGUCUCCUGGUGCCUCUGCGUCGGACGCCCUGGUGUCUCAGUCGCUGUCCCACUCCGUACUUUCCCACCCCAAGGGGGCGGGGGGCCCCUCAGGGGGGGUCCGAGGUGGGCGGGGCCUCUGGCUGUGGCUGGCCAUGGUGGUGGUGCUGGCAGGACUCCUGGCGUUGCUGGCCUGCCUGGUGAUGCAGCCGGCGGUGGACGCGGCGCCCGUGGGCACCGGCGACUCCUGGAUGACCAUCCAGCAGCUGCUGUGGCCCUACACCGGGCUCCGCCACAACGGACAGCCCCCCGUCUAGCCCCGGCCAAGGGGACUGGGGGCCCCUGGCUCAUCUACAUGACUGUCCUCAUGCCUAUGGGGGGUGUGGGGGGGGUCCAUCAUACAGACUGGCUGAUGCACAGCUGGGGCAUCCCUGGGGUAUUUACACAUCACGUUUGACCAGAGUAGAUUCACUUAGCGUGUGCGUUGGCGUGUUUGUGUUUGAAUGAAUAAUACGACAAGAUGAACACUUGAAGGAACGAUCACUGUUUUAUUCAUUCAUCCUGUGAGCUGGACGACUCGUUUUGUCUCCGACACGAUUUCAGAAGAUGUGAUCGGUGCAGAUCAAUAACAUUUCAGAGGACGUUGGAGAACUCCCCCCUGUUCAAUAAGCACAAGGAAGGUCUGAAACUGUGUGGGCCUAGUGGAAUGUUCCACUUUACACGGAAGGGGAAGGAAGAAUCAAUCUUCUCCUUUUUACCAGGACAUUAUUUCUCAAUGGGACCAGGAGCAAUCCUUUAAGAGUAAUAUAACACCGCUAAUAAUAACGUUUUAUUUGUGUUUUUUGAAAUAUAAUUACAAUCUAUUUAUAAAAAUGUUUGAUUCCAUGAACGGAUUGUUUUUGAUCAUGAGUGAGUGAAGCACCAAACAGAUUUUUGUUUUAAGUUGUUGCCGUGCUGUGCACCGUUUUAAAAGUCGUACGCUUUUUGUAUAUUCCAAAGAGGUUGUUUGAAACUUUUCACAAAUAAAGUCGCCAAUUGUAGAAAAA